AUGACUAUCGUUUCUUUUUUGGUCGAUGAAAGAACGGGGGUGGAGAGAAGGACGGUUAUCAACGAGAUUGUGGGGGGGCAUAGAUUGAAAGUGGAAAGUUUUCUGCUGGGAGGGGUUAGGGGGAUGCAGAUUUGGAGUUGGAAGGGGAAUACCACGGACUCUUCGGUGCCAUUACCUUCGCCUGGGUCUGAUGUCUCUCAUAACUCUACCUCUACCUCUUCGGGUACAGGUGCUGGGACGGGGCAAGGCCAAGAUGGAAAGGACUCGAACUCGGACUCGGACCACAAAGAAAAAGAAAAAGAAAAAGAGACGCAAAAAGAAAAGUGGCUGCAGAGAUUGGUAUCAAUGGACGUCUCCCACCCCGCCGUACCGCCCGGUCAUUCCCCCGACGAGCCGUUGUCACCUAUUUCGUCGCCGACGUCGCCUACUUCCCUUUCCCCAAGCAGCGGCAGAUCACCUCCCGGCGUCGUCGGCGGUAGAUUCACGACCGACGCCUUCCCGCCCGACGGCGGCACGGGAACAAAAGUCACUGCGAGAUUCAGCUGGUACCGAUCGAGCCUGGAAGCCAAGAACGAGUUGAUUUUUCCCAAGGGGGCCGAGAUCACCGAGGUGGAAGUGUUGAAUGAGGAGUGGGGUGUUGGGUGGUAUAUGGGUGAGGUUGGCUUGUUUCCUAGGGGGUAUGUGAGGUGA